AUGUCGCUAAAAUCCCCUACCAAAGCGGAAAUCGAUCCGGCGACGCAGAUAGUUCAGAAAAAACCCAAGCGCAAAUGGGUCAGCUAUAUUUGGGACACAUUUGACAAGUCACCAGAGGAGCGUCGCUUGCUUUUCAAAUUGGAUUCGGCCAUUUUGACCUUUGCAUCAUUGGGAUAUUUUAUCAAGUAUCUGGAUCAGAUCAAUAUCAACAAUGCAUUUGUCUCUGGAAUGAAGGAAGAUUUGGGAAUGUACGGCAACGAACUCAACUAUAUGCAGACAUGCUGGACUAUCGGCUACGUUAUUGGAGAAAUUCCCAGCAAUAUACUCCUAACUCGCAUCAAGCCGCGAUAUUGGAUUCCAGCUAUGGAGCUUCUCUGGACGGUUCUCACAAUGUCAUUAUCCCGGUGUAACACCCCUACUCAGUUCUACGUUCUCAGGUUCUUCGUUGGUCUCGCUGAAAGUACUUUCUAUCCCGGAAUGCAGUACAUCAUCGGCUCAUGGUACCGGAAAGACGAGUUAGCAAAACGGUCAUGCAUUUUUCACACCAGCAGCGGAAUUGCCAGUAUGUUUUCUGGAUAUCUUAUGGACGCGGUUUACCACCUCGGAGGACGAGGGGGUUUCAAGGGCUGGCAAUGGCUAUUUAUUAUCGAUGGGGUUAUUUCCCUGCCCGUGGCUAUUAGUGGAUUCUUUAUUCUUCCUGACGUGCCUGAGAUCUCUAAUCCAUGGUAUCUCAGCGAAGAGGAGGUCAAUCUCACCCAAACGCGAAUGAAAUUAGAAGGGAGAAAGAACAGGGAGCCAUACACAAAGUCAAAGUUGAAGAAAAUAUUCACGUCGUGGCACAUUUAUCUUCUGACCUUGCUUUAUAUAUGUUUCAACAAUGGUGCCGCUGGAAGUCAGCCUAUCUUCCAACAGUUCCUCAAAAACUCAAAAGACCCUGUUUAUUCAAUCAGCCAGAUCAAUUCGAUACCAACCACAACCCCAGCGGUCCAAGUCGUGACAACCCUCGCCUACGCGUGGAUAUCGGAUACCGUCCUGAACGGCAAGCGUUGGCCCCCGAUCAUCUUCGGUGCUUGCGUCAACAUCAUCAGUUAUGUCUCGCUCGCAGUUUGGGAAAUUCCCAUGGGAUGGAAAUGGACUUGUUACAUUAUCAGCGGCGCUGGAUAUGGACUUAGUGGUCUGUUAAUGGCCUGGGCCCAUGAGAUAUGCUCUGAAGAUAACGAAGAGCGUUCCUUGGUUAUCGGAAGCAUGAAUGAAAUGGCUUAUGUUUUCCAAGCUUGGCUGCCUCUUGUCGUAUGGCAGCAAGUCGACGGGCCGGAAUACCGUAAGGGCUUCAUCACUGUUACCGUUCUGUCUGUUAUCUUGAUUAUCAGUACUUUCGGUUUGCGUUUCCUUCACAAAAGAGAGAAAUUGAGGAAAGGGAAUCAGACCGACGAGGCAGAGAGGGAGGAUCAACUCUCGGAUUCCCCAGGAAUAACGCCUAUUGAGACGAAGCCUACCAAAUCUUAA